AUGAUCGAGAAGGCUUUUGAACGUCUUGAGCCUGGCGGCUAUCUUGAGCUUCAGGACAACAUGUUCCCACUCAUGUGUCGAGACGAUACGAUGACCGACGACUUCAAGCCCUACAAGUGGACGAAGUUGGUUAUGGAGGCGGCCGCAACGAUGGGACGCCCGGUCAACGUCGCUGCCAGCUUCAAGCAGAUGUUGGAGGAUGCAGCCUUCGUCGACAUCGAGGAGAAGAAGGCGAUUUGGCCUUACAACCCUUGGCCCAAGGACCCAAAGCUCAAGGAGCUGGAGGAGGCGACAGUCUUCAUUAUCGAAGUGAGAAACGAGCACAAGAAGAUUGGAGUCCACGCAUACUACGACGUGUACGCUGCCUGGGGUAGGAAGCCGGAGAAGAAGGACGAGGAAGAUGUUGCAGUGCCCUCCUGA